AUGGUGAAGAAGCCAAGCAAGGGCCGCCAGAAGAUCGAAAUCUCAAAAAUACCCAAGAAAAAUCAUCUACAAGUCACCUUCUCUAAAAGAAGGUCCGGGCUCUUCAAGAAAGCUAGUGAGCUUUGCACUCUCUGUGGGGCAAAUGUGGCUAUCAUAGUUUUUUCCCCGGCAGGGAAGGUGUUCUCCUUUGGGCACCCCGAUGUUGAGUCCAUCGUCGAUCGGUUCUUCACGUGCAACCCUAUACCCGAACCCAAUGGUCUUCACCUAAUCGAAGCUCAUCGGAAUGCUAGUGUCCGUGAGCUCAACCUGCAACUCACACAAGUUCUUAAUCAACUAGAAGCUGAGAAAAAGAGAGGAGAAAUACUUAGCCAAAUGAGAAGAGCAAGCCAAACUCAAUGCUGGUGGGAAGCCCCCAUCAACGAGCUGAGUAUGCCAGAGCUUGAACAGCUGAAGGUUUCCAUGGAGGAACUAAAGAAGGUCGUACUGAGUCAAGGUGACAAGCUUUUGAUGGAGGCUGCUAAUCCUUCGCCUUUCUACAUGAUCAAUGGUAGCUCUGCAAUGGUUGAUCACUUCGAGAUUGAGAGGAAACCUAGUGAGAUUCAUGGUAAUGUUCAUAAUUUUGGUUAUGGACAGGGGUUCUUCUGA